GUUUUCUUUUUUCUUAGAUGACUUCAAGCCUGCAUCAAUUGAUACAUCUUGUGAAGGAGACCUUGAGGUUGGUAAAGGUGAACAGGUGACAAUCACUUUACCAAAUAUUGAGAGGUGAAGGAAGCAGUAAAGUCCAGUCUCGUAUUGAGCAGCAACAACAGCUAAUGAGAAAUGCAAAUAAAAUUCCAAACAGUGUUAAAUGUUCUCCACAAAAAGAGAAGAUGUCCCCACCUUGUCUUAUGGAUGAUAUUGAAAGAGAGCUAAAGGCAGAAGCUAAAAUUAUAGAGGAAAUGAGUAGCUCUGACAGUUCUUCUGAAUCAAAGAGUUCAUCCUCUUCCUCAAGCAGUGAAAAUAGUUCCAGUGAUUCAGAAGAUGAAGAAGCAAAGCCAUCCUUUCCCUCGUCAACGUCACACCAAUGCUUACAGCCUCCCACAAUGAUGGCAUCACAACGAGUCUUCCCAGAUAUGGAUGCUGGAUACCACAGAAGUCAAGAGGGAAGUGGCCACUUGAUGAACACACUACGGAAUGAUCUUCAAUUGAGUGAAACUGGAAGUGACAGUGAUGAUUGAGGACAUUGUGGUGGUCUAAAGAGGCAUCAUUUCCCUCGAAGAACAAAUGUUGGUUUUGCACUACAUUUGAAGAGAGAAAGACAGAAGAAUGUUAACAACUUUAAUAAAACUGACUUAAUUUUUCUGACUUCAAGUUCAGCAGCAUUCCUUUUGCCAUAACUUUAUACGGCUUUUUCAGAUUUCAGGAUUCUGGCAUUCAUUAUUUUAGGUGGGUCCAGAGUAUUCUCUACUACCUCCUUUUACUUAAAAUUUCAGGCAGUGGGUCAUUAUUUGUAAAUUGUACAUGGAGGAAAUUCUUGUCUGUAGUUAGCAUAUUUUGAAUCAAGAUUUUAUUUAACAAUUUGCAUAUGUGUAUGCAUAAGUAGGAAAAUUUGCAUAUUUGUAUGCAUAAGUAGGAGAGGGCAAACAACUGAAAUCUCUUACAGUUUUAUUCCUUGAAGCUGUAUAAAAGUAGUUGCCAAACAAUAGGACACUAUCUAUUUUGGCUCAAUACCUUCUGAAUUUCCAUGUUCUACCAAAUCUGUUGUGUCUCAUAUGAGUCUUACUAGUAUUUCUGCCUUUAUAAUAAAUUUUGAUUAACACCAUUUGUCUUUUAAAAAUUCUGUUGAGAUCAGUGCAUGUCUUUUGAUAAGAGUUCAGUAAUAAAUAAUAAAAUAUUUAUUAUUUAAUUGA